AUCGCCCUUCCCAACCCGGAAGGUGCCGGCUAAAGCUACUCGCCGCUGGUGCUCCCGAAGAUGGCGGGGGUGUUUGAGGUGGAGGUUGAUGGAGUUGAGCACGAUCACGGUGACCACGAUGAACCACAGGUUGAUAUGUCACAGCUGUCGCCAGAGGAGAAAUGGAGAUUGGAGCAUGCCAGGAUGCACGCCAAGCACCGCGGACAUGAGGCCAUGCACGCGGAGAUGGUCCUCAUUCUCAUCGUCACCCUGGUCAUCGCCCAGCUGCUACUGGUGCAGUGGAAGCAGAGGCACCCCAGGUCUUACAAUCUCGUGACCCUGUUCCAGAUGUGGGUGGUACCCCUGUACUUCACCACCAAGCUGCACUGGUGGAGGUUCCUGGUGACCUGGUUCAUCUUCUCUGCGGUCACAGCCUUGGUCACCUUUAGAGCGACGCGUAAGCCACUCAACUGCACAACUCCCAGGUUGGUUUACAAAUGGUUCCUGUUGCUCUACAAAUUAAGCUACACGAUUGGGAUUGUGGGAUAUGCUGCUGUCAUGUUUACCUUGUUUGGCAUAAACUUAAUAUUCAGAAUAAAGCCUGAAGACGCUAUGGACUUUGGUGUGUCCCUCCUCUUCUAUGGCCUCUAUUAUGGCGUUUUGGGCCGUGACUUUGCCGAAAUGUGUGCAGACUUCAUGGCGUCCACAGUAGGGUAUUACAGUGCUUCAGGAAUGCCCACCAAGCACCUGUCUGAUAAUAUCUGCGCAGUGUGUGGACAACAGAUCCUGGUGGAUGUAAGCGAGGAGGGAAUCAUCGAGAACACCUACAGACUAUCCUGCAACCAUGUAUUCCAUGAGUUCUGUAUACGAGGCUGGUGUAUUGUGGGAAAGAAGCAGACCUGCCCAUACUGCAAGGAGAAGGUGGACCUCAAGAGGAUGUUCAGCAAUCCCUGGGAGAGGCCUCAUGUCAUGUAUGGACAGCUGCUGGACUGGCUACGCUACUUGGUUGCUUGGCAACCUGUAAUCAUUGGCCUAGUGCAGGGAAUCAACUACACCCUGGGACUUGAGUAGAUAUGGAUCCCAAGAGAGAGAUCACGUGUUGGGCACAGUAUCUGGACGGAGUCUUCAGACCGCCGGCUGUGUUGCAAACAACUUGGCUUGUUGGACAAACUCACUGGGGGGAAAGUAGGACUUAAUAAUGGACUAGAAUAUAUAUAUAUGUACAUAUAUAUGAAAAUCUGUAUUUAAAAAAAAAUGGAAAUUUUACCAGCAGUUUGGGUUCCAAUAUUCCAGGUUUUUUGUUUCUUGUUUGUACACAAUACCACUUGGGACUUACUCAUUCAGGAUUUUUUUAAUGAAACGAACGCAUUGAGAGAAUUAAGGAACCGUUUUCAUUUUAAACCUGUCAGCAGUAUUGAAAUGUUUCUAAACUUGUUUGACUUCUGGAAAAUGUUUGUCUGUCUGUUCUUCAGCACCGUCUUGUGAUUUAACAGUCCGUUUCACCCGUUUUAAAUAUGACUGUAACAGAUUGCCCACUAAAGCUCCCUACCCAUAAAAAAAAUCCUCACUGAAGAAUCUGGUUUGCCGAACCUGAGCAACCCUUGGCUCAGCCAUUUUCACCUCCAAAGUGCUUCCACAGAGCAUUUCCACAAUAAAGCAAUAUUGAAUAAGUGACCUGCAUUGGAAAAGCCUCUUACAUGUGGUGCACAAAAAUGUUGAUGCAUUUGCAGAUAUAAACUGUUUUUAAAAAAGCUUUUAACUGAAGUGUUUAUGCCAUGAUGGAAAAUUCCCCAAUCCUAAAGGGUUUAGUGUUAAUUUAGUAAAGAAACUUUUUUCUGGA